ACACUUUCCCCCCAACACAUACACUCACACACACUCUCCCUGAUACGCAAUCUGCUUAGGAUGCAAGAUAAACACUGACAGGGAAAACUAAGACUGGGUGAACAGCCUGUUUGACUGCUGAGGAACACAGAAGACAACAGGACAAGAGGAAGAGGAAGAGGUUACUACCUUCAUCCCUGCUGUGUCGUACAGCAACAGUUUCACUGCUGUCAUCUGGACAUCCAACAAGAGCCAGCUUCCAGAGAGAGGGGACACUGAAGACACACCUCCCCAAACAGGGAGAGGUAGCAAGGGCAGGACGAAGGGUGAUUGUACCCCCACCUUGGAGGUUUUUUGACAUUCCCUGUGGAUGUCCUCUCCACGUCCCCAUGAAGGCAGGGGAGGUUCUAGGAGAAGUCUGGAUCACAAGAUGGCACAGAGAUCAGGAGGGGACGGCACCCCGAAAAAGAACACAUCCCUCAACCUGGUCACAGGGUUCUUUCACUACCUCCGUGAUGAUCAAGAGGCGGUGCAGAAGAGGACGUUCACUAAAUGGAUCAAUUCCCACUUGGCAAAGCGUGUCCCGUCCCUAGUGGUGACAGACCUGUUUGAGGACAUCAAGGAUGGAGUGAUGCUGCUGGCCCUGCUGGAGGUCCUGUCUGGACAGAAGCUGCCGUGUGAGCAGGGGAGGAAGCUGCGGAGGAUCCACUGGGUCUCAAACAUCGGCACGGCUCUCAACUUCCUGGAGGGCAGAAAGUCUGCGUACAGGGGAUCACCGAUCAAGCUAGUCAACAUCAACUCGACUGACAUUGUCGAUGGAAGACCAUCUAUCGUACUGGGGUUGAUUUGGACAAUAAUCCUCUAUUUCCAGAUAGAGGAGUUGACCAGUAACCUGCCGGCGCUCCAGGCCCUCUCUAGCAGCACCUCCUCAGUGGACAGCUCAGACACCACCAGCCCGCCUGUCAAGAGGAGGCCCCUCCCCCCGCUGCAGGGUGGGGCCAGGAAGGCCCUACUCAGAUGGGUCCAGCAGACCGCCACCAAGCAUCUGGGGAUCGACGUGAAAGACUUUGGGCCGAGCUGGCGUACAGGUGUGGCAUUCUUUGCAGUCAUCCUCUCUCUUCGACCCCACCUGGUCGAUAUGGAGCGUGUGCGUAGGAGAACCAAUCGAGAGAACCUGCAUGAAGCCUUCUCAUUGGCCGAGACUGAGCUGGGCAUUCCGCAGCUACUAGACCCAGAAGAUGUGGAUGUUGACAAACCUGAUGAGAAGUCCAUCAUGACGUACGUGGCCCAGUUUCUGAAGCACCACCCCAACCCUGGUCACCAGCAGCACAGUGACUCAGACUCCCAGCCAGAGGAAGAGAGAGAGCAGCGUAAGGGCCUGAGGGAGCUGAAGACCUGGCUGGAUCAGCUGGAGCUAGACGCAGCACGUACUCAGGAGACCAAGGGCAACCUCAGCCAGCAGUAUCAGUCCUUUAAGAGUGUACGUGUCCAGUUGGAGAUGAGGAGGAAGCAGGUGGAGGCAGCAGUCCUGUCCACUCAGAAGGAUGGGAUGUUGACCGUGGACCAGGCUCUGGUCAAACAGGCCUGGGACAGAGUGUCCAACAGGCUCCUAGAGUGGCACCUGCAGCUGGACAGGGCUCUGCCCGCCCCCCUGGGUGUGGUGGGGGAGUGGCUACACCAGGCUGAGGGGGCACUACGCCAGGAGGUCACUAUUCAACAGGCACCUGACGGGACAGCUAACACUGUCCACAUGACCCUGGAGCAACACAAGGACAUGCUCAAAGGUCUUGAAGGUCACCAGCAGGUCUUCCAGAGGAUCCAUAAAGACAGAAGUGUCAACGGAGUCCCUGUCCCCCCAGAGCAGCUGCAGGACAUGGCAGAGAGAAUGAACUUUGUAUCGACAUCGUCAAACAUUCACCUGGCCAAGAUGGAGUUCUGGGAGAAUAAGCACCAAAUGCAGGCGUUCCUGAUGCUGGCAGAGUCCAAGCUCAAAUCCUGGAUCAUCAAAUAUGGCCGACGACAAUCAGUAGAGUUAAUGUUACAGAACUAUGUUUUGUUUGUUGAGGGACAGCAGUUCUUUGAGCAGUACGAGAUAUUGUUCCAGGCUCUGAAACAAUCUUCUGAGCUCUAUGUCAAGGCUGAUGGCACAGUGGACGAAGGCGAGGCGGGGGUUAGGAGGUUCAUGCGGGAGGUGGUGACCCAGUGGAGGAGUCUGUCUGUGGAGGUGCGCAGUGUAAGGAGCAUGCUGGAUGAGGUGCUCUCUAACUGGGAGAGAUACAGCUGCGCUGUGGCCUCUCUACAGGUCUGGCUGGAGGAUGCAGAGGGAGCGCUCAGCCAGCCUGAAAACAUAAAACGGGAGUUCUUCCGCAACCUUUCUCAGUGGAUGGAUCAGCACUCUGUGAUGAACGACGCAGGGAACUUCCUGAUCGAGACAUGUGACGAGAUUGUGUCACGUGACCUGAAACAGCAGCUUCUCUUGCUCAACGGGAGGUGGAGGGACCUGUUCGUCAAAGUCAAACAGUACACCCGUGAAGAUGAGCUGGACAAGUGGAGGAGGGACCACCUGAGGGCCAUCUCUGCCCUGAGGGAGCUGCUGGACGGUGCAGAGGUGAAGCUCAACGCCCCUGUACAGGUCUCCUUCCUCAACAUCAGGUCUUUCUUACAGGAUGUGGAGAACACCAAGAAAAAGGUUGUUGCCAUGGAGACACAGUACAAGUUGGCUGCCCGCAGUGCCCAGCUUCUGUCCAAGGAUGCCCCGCAGGAGGAGGGCGCCAAGGCCAUGGCUACCAUGACAACGGUCAAAGGUCAACUCAGUAAGGUGAGGGAGAGGUGCCCUUCUCUGGUGAGGGAGUGCCAUGGACUGCUCCCUCUGCUGGAGGAGAUGGAGAAGCACAUCACAGGCUUCUACCAAGCUCUGGAGAGGGCCAACCGGAUCACUGCAGCAGGCAGAGACCCAGAGCCACAGGCUCAGGUCCAGGGACAACACAAACACAAGUGGCAGGACCUCCUGAGCCAGCAGCAGAGCUGUAAGAUGUGUGUGUCUGUGAUUGAGAGGAACCUCCACUCCCUGCAGAGGGCGCUCUCCUCCAGCAAGGCCCUGAGGAACUUCGACCAGACCUUCCUGCAGAAGAGAGUGGCUGAGAUUCAGACCUCUGCACAGGGUCUGUUGAAGGAGGUGGGGGAGUGGAGGAGGCAGGAGGAGGCCAACAGCACCAUGAGGAGGAGGUUUGAGGAGUCUCGUCAGGAGCUGGAGAGAGUGCUGAAGGUGGCAACCACCUGCCUGAGAGAGGGGGGAUACGCAGAGGAGCUGCUGAAAAAACACAGCGAGUUCUUUGGGCAGCUAGACCAGCGGGUCCUGAGUGUGUUCCUAAAGGCGUGUGACGAUCUGACAGACAUCCUGCCUGAGGUGGAGCAGCAGGCGCUACAGGACACCGUCAGGACACUGCACAAACAGUGGAAGGACAUCCAGAUAGAGGCGCCGUUUCACCUGCAGCGUCUGAAGGUGGAGGCGGAACGAGGACGGGCAGGGGCCGUCCUACAGGAGUGCAGGGCAGAGCUGGCCAGAGAGAACCAAGCACUGACCACCACAGGCAGCGAGACAGUCAUCAGAGAACACAGGACCUUCUUCCGGGAGAAAGCCCCUCUCAGUGUAUGUGAGAAGAGGAUAGGCAACAUGGAGGAGCUCUGUCAGACACUCCCUGACAACGACCCUGCUAGACGAACCCUGGACUCCACCAGGAGGGCCCUGGCAGAGGUCAAAGGCCAGAUAGAGGCCACCCACCUGAAGCUGCAGCAGCACUCCCAGUGGAGGGAGUGGAAUGACAGGUUCUCAGAGCUCUCUGAUUGGCUGUCGUCUCAGAGAAGCCAGGUGAGGCUCCUGAGGGAGAGAGCCAGAGAUCCCUCCCACCAAGAACAGGUGGAUACUACUGUCCAGGAGCUCCAGAGGGCAGCAGAGGGGCAGGAGGAGAGCCUGUCCUGGCUGAAGAGUCAUCUGGCUGUACUGACAGAGGUCAGUCCUGAGGUGGAGGCUAUUAGACAGAGGGCUGCCCUGGCCAAACUCUCCUCUGACUUCACCGCCCUCCUCUCCUCUCUCUUGGAGUGGGGACAGGAGGGGUCUGUGAGGGUCCACAGUGAGGAGCUGAGGGAGGAUGUGCGUUGUGCUCUGGAGGAGGUUCUCAGGGCUCGAAGGGAGGCUCAGGAGCAGACCAGCAGGAUCCUGGAGGCAGAUAACCCAGAGGAGGCCAGGCAGCUGCUCCUCAUACACCAGCAGCACCUGAAGCGUCAGCAGACUGACAGGAAGAAGGCGGAGCUACUAGUCGCUCACUGUCGCCAGCUGCAGAAGGGGGAGGGGCUUAGCAGCUCACUACGGGAACUAGAGGGUGCUUUCAGAGAGGUGGACCGCAAAGUAGGGGCCCAGGAGCACAAUCUGCAGGCGACUCUGGGUGCGUGGCAGGAGUUUGAGGCAGAGAGAGAGGCAGUGUGGCAGUUUGUCAGCAGUACCAGCCCUGUCUUACAGAGGGAGCUCAUCUUCAGCAGCCUGGACAGCCUCAGGACUGAGCUGGGGUUUACCAAGGGGCUCCAUAAGAAGAGUUGGGAGUAUGUGGUACAGACAGACACCCUGUUGAGGAAGGCAGCAGAGAUUCAGCUGGGUCAUAAGAACCAGACCCUCCUACAGCAGCAAGCCCAGCAGGCCACACAACAAGUCACACAACUGGAGGCCAGGCUCAAGAAGAUUGUUGACCAGCUGGAGAUGGUGUGUGUGUGGUGGGAGCGUUUCAUCAGGGAGUCAGAGGCCUUCUCCUCCUGGAUCUCAGAGAGGGAGCAAGAGCUGGACACUGUGGACCCCACCUCCUCCUCCUCCUCCUCAGACCCCCUUGAUAAACACAUCAGCACAGUGGAGUCUGUUGGAGCAAAACUAGAAGAGCGGGCAGCCAUGUUGUCCCACCUGGAGGCGGAGUCAGAGGCUCUGUCAGGGUUUGUGACCCCUGGGGAGGCGGGGCGUAUCCGGGCGCGGCUGUCUCAGAUGGAGCGGUACUGGGAGGAGCUGAAGGAGAGCGUAGAACAGCUGGGGGGACAGCUCAACCAGAACGCCACCUACAGGCAGAGGUUUAACGACAACCUGGAACAGGUGAAGAGAACGAUGGCUGACCUCAAAGAGAAGCUGGACAUCACCAUCACCUGCUGUACAUCCUCCUCAGAGACCUACAGAGUUCUCCAGGACCAUAUGGACGUAACCCAGGCCUUGGAGCAGCUGAAGCCCAGGCUGGUGGCUCUGUGCUUGAGUAAAAAGAGGCUGGGUGAAGGGGAUCUGCUGGAGGGAGAGGUGGCUAACCUCCAGAAGGACCAGGGAGAAUACAUAGAGCAGGCUGCAGAGAAAAAGGCUACACUGGAGAAACUGCUGGCACUAUGGCAAAAGUAUGAGAAGGAGAGUUUCAGUCUCAGGUCCUGGUUAGACAGAUGUGAGUCUGUCUGCUGUCCAGACACUCACCUCCUCUCUACAGACAAAGCAAAGCUGAUGAAUGAGCUGCAAACUGUACAGGAAAUGCAGAGUGAUUUGCAGUCCCAUGAAGCUUCUCUGCAGGGUGUGGUGAGUUUGGGGGCGUGUCUCUACCCUACAGCACCAGAGGGGCGGGUCAGAGAACUCACUGAUGACAUCACACAGCUGGAGGAGAGAUACACCUCAAUGAAAGACAGUAUAACACAAAGGCUGCAGCAGCUGCAGACACACCUGUCUCAGGUGGAGCUCUUUGACGAGGCCCUGCUGACCCUCACCCAGUGGAGCGAGAACUUCCUGUCUGUCCUCAGAACCACUUCCCAGGUCAACAUAGCUGACCUGCAGAGUGCUGUCACCCAGGUCAAGGAGCAUGAGGAGUCUCUCCAGGAGCAGACAGCCCUGAGAGAGACCCUGCAGCAGAGAGAGUCCUCCCUCCUCUCCUUCUCCUCCCCAGAGGCCCAGCAGCAGCUCCAGGGCCAGAGGGAGGACUGCCUGCAGCCCCUCAGUGAAGUCCAACGCCUGCUCCUCCUCCGUGGGGAGAGCCUGGCUGAGCUGGGGGUAUUCCUCCAGAGCCACGGAGCUGCAGCCGUGGCGGUCAGGGGCCUCCGGGAGGCUGUGGAGGGCAGGGGGAGCUGGGAGCGAUCGAAGGCUGAGGAGCUGCACCGCGGGCUGGGGGAGGUGGCCGGGGACGUGGCCCCAAGGCCCACCUCCACCUGA